AUGAAGCUCCUCAUACCGAAAACUGAGCCUAAUCCUAAACAGAGAACUGACCCUAAUCCUAAACAGAGAGCUGGCCCUAAUCCUAAACCUGGAGCUGACCCUAAUCUUAAACCUGGAGCUGACCCUAAUCUUAAACCUGGAGCUGACCCUAAUCCUAAACCUGGAGCUGACCCUAAUCCUAAACCUAGAGCUGACCCUAAUCCUAAACCUAGAGCUGACCCUAAUCCUAAACAUGGAGCUGACCCUAAUCCUAAACAGAGAGCUGGCCCUAAUCCUAAACAGAGAACUGACCCUAAUCCUAACCUAGAAUUGACCCUUAUCUUAAACCUAGAGCUGACCCUAAUCUUAAACCUAGAACUGACCCUAAUCCUAAAACCUAGAACUGACCCUAAUCCUAAACAGAGAGCUGACCCUAAUCAUAAACAUAGAGCUGACCCUAAACGAGCUGACCCUAAUCUUAAACCUAGAGCUGACCAAAAUCUUAAACCUAGAACUAACCCUAAUCCUAAACAGAGAACUGACCCUAAUCCUAAAGAGAGAGCUGACCCUAAUCCUAAAACUGGAGCUGACCCUUAUCCUAAACAGAGAGCUGACCAAAAUCUUAAACCUAGAACUGACCCUAAUCCUAAACAGAGAACUGACCCUAAUCCUAAACAGAGAGCUGACCCUAAUCUUAAACCUAGAGCUGAUCAAAAUCUUAAACCUAGAACUGACCCUAAUCCUAAACAGAGAACUGACCCUAAUCCUAAAGAGAGAGCUGACCCUAAUCCUAAACCUGGAGCUGACCCUAAUCCUAAACCUAGAGCUGACCAAAAUCUUAAACUUAGAACUGACCCUAAUCCUAAACAGUGA